UUAAUAAUUAUUAAAUUCUUAAGACAAUGCAAGAAACAGCUAAUACAGUUUUAAAUGGACCUUCACAUGAAUUUAAUAGAGCCCCUUCUUUAAAGGAUGAUAAUCAGGAUGUGCCUCAACAUCACCCACAACAACAACAACAACAGCCACAACAUCAGAACGGAGCACCCGUCCCUUCGUCGCAACCGAUUAGACCUCCAUUGACCCGUAUCGAUAGCCGAAGCAAUUUCCCCCCCAACAUCCGACCGGGCUUUCCUAACGGUCCGCCCGUCGUCCAAAACCGUCCGCAAAUCAGACCCGGUCAACCGCCUUUCAUACAGAGAGGCUUAGCCCCCGGCGUCAGACCGCAAGGUCCCGUCCCGUUCCCACAGAACCAAUUCCAGCAGGGGUAUCCCCCAAAUCAACCGCGAGCCAACUUCAGACCCGUGACUCCGUACCCCAGACCGCCUCAGAGGCCCCAAGGUAUAUUCCCGCAAAGAUCGGUGCCUAGCUUCGGACAACGUCCGCAGCUGUCCGAAGAGGAGCAGCCUAAUCCGGAGCUGCAGCGCAGUCAAACGCUGGACCCGAACGAGUCACCAAAGCACAAUGAGGAGACCGCCAGACCGAACUUGGCGGCGAUGAAGAACCGCAGCUACAGCCUCCAGUCCAACUCCUCAGACCAUCAGGACAAUGGGGAGAGACGCAGGUCGAUUGCCAGCGUCGACGGGAACGAGGAAAAGGAGGACGCACCGGAAAAACCUGAAAAUCUAUCGCGGCCUGAGUCCAGGAUGAAGAAAAUAGCGGAGGACGAGGACGACGAGAAACUGUCCAUCACGAGCACCUCCAACAGAUCGCCGUCCUCUUUAACGGACGUGUCGCAGAACAGCCACAAUGAAACGUUCUCCAAAACAUCUAACAACCACGAAGUGACCCUGAGUGAGUCCAACGGGGUUACUAGUAAGCCACAGACCAGCAAACAAGACAGCAGACCAGCCAGCAGGGCUGAGGCUCCCAAAGACACGCCUUUGGUCGCCACCCCAACCAAAUCAGAAGGGGACAACGACAGUGGAGUGGACGAAUCAACUCAAGGAAAUGAAGUGUCAAGUAAUGGUGAGUCCAGAACAACGGGGAGGAAAAGCGCCCCUAAAAGUCGCACCUCUUCGGCCACCCCAACGAAGGGCAGGUCGUUGUCCAGAGGUUCCAAAUCACCCGCCAGUUUGCUGAGCCCCGACUCAACAGCCACAACACCUGGCUCGGAAAAAAAGAAAGUUCCUAUGAAUAAGAUCCAAGUGGGAUCCGCUCCUUCGCCCAACUUGAAGGUAGUUCGAUCCAAAAUUGGGUCGUUAGAAAACGCCAGCCACAAACCUGGAGGUGGAAAAGUCAAAAUUGAGUCCAAGAAGAUAGAUUUCAAGAACGCCACGCCGAGAAUUGAGGCCAAAAACGACAAGUACACGCCCAAGGGCGGCGAGAAGAAGAUACAAAGCACCAAGCUGCAGUGGAACGCCAAGUCGAGAAUAGGAUCGUUGGAGAAUGCGUCUCACAAGCCCAAAGGUGGCGACAAAAAGAUUGAGACGGUCAAGUUGGACUUCAAGGAGAAGGCCAAACCUAAGGUUGGGUCUACGGCCAACUUGAAACACGUUCCAGGUGGAGGAGACAUAAAGAUUGAGACGAAGAAAAUUGAGCUGACCGAAGUGACGAGCAAAGUGGGCUCGUUGGACAACAUGAAACACAAGCCAGGUGGUGGCGACAAGAAGAUCUUCGACGACAAGGAAUACCUGAAACAGAAAGCUUCGACUGGAGUCAGCAAUAACCAGUCCUUGUCCGGUUCGCAGAACUCUAUACCAUCGCAACCUGAUGUCCCAGGUCCGAGGUCGGAUGAGAAUCUCAACCAACAGCAUUAAACAAUAGUUUAUCGUGUAAUUUUAUAGCUGUACUAAAUCUGUUUGUCCCGCUGAUAAAUAAUAACAAAACUAUCAGUUGGAAGACGCCAGUUUUUGAUGACUAACCACCACAACAAUAAUACUUCUUUGUAAAAUAUAAAUUUUGAGUGACUGUGGUCAAAAACUGGACAGUUCAAAUCACUAAAACUAAGCAUGAGUCCACUUUGCAUGCACUUACAGUAAAUUUGAAUUGUAUAACCGAGAGUUAAGUUAGAACAUUAACACUGUAUUUUUCACUAAAAUGUAGUGUCCACUAUAUUGCUUCAGAGACAUGUAGGAAAACGAAAGAUUUCAACAUAAACAACUUAGUUAUUUAGUCUGUUUUCGUUUUUCUAGUUAAAUACCUAAUAUGUAUAUUUUCAAUAAGUGUUAACAAGACAUGUAAUAAGCAAGUUCUUUUGGUGUUGUGAUACCUAGAUUAUGACCAAAUAAUAUUUGUACUGUUAAAUUUAAGGUUUUAAAAUCCAUAGUUUAUCAUAAUUAGUUUAAAUGGCUGUUAAUUUGCAAAAUGAUUAUUUUUGUGAACUUGUACUUUUUCACCAUGUGUAAUUUUUUAGUUCUUAAGUUCAGGUUUAGCAACAAUUACUCGAAACAACACAUAAUCAAAACAUAUUCAAUUUAAGUCGAUGAAUUGUUGUUCUAAACCAUUACCUAUGAUUUAAUUAAUUAACAAUUUGUAUUUGUACAAUAAAAACGUAGUAAUUACGCCAUGUA